AUGUACCAUUCAGAAAGAGAAAGGAACAUAGCAGCAGAGAAAAUGGAUACCAACGAUACUAGUACCAGUACAGGAUCCAUAAUACAGUCCGGUGCACAAACAGCAAUUUCGAGGGCCCAAACAAGACCUUACUACGACCCAAAUUCAUUCAAUAUCGGUCUUGCCUAUUCUUCAGUAUUUAAUCCAGAAAAGGGUGUCAUCGAUAAUAAUGGGUUCUCGAUUGCCUCCAAAUUAUCCAUUGUCAAGAAAAACUCAAAUUCAGGUUCAAAUGUGAAGGACUUAUUUGUUAAGGGGAGAAGAAGUAGCAGUGGUGGCACCGAUGGCCGACAAGGUGCCAUAUUAUGGGAUGAUUUUAUAAAUUUUAAUAAAUGGGAAAGGACAAUAAAACAAAUAGUGAGAAACUUGUUUAAUGUUUAUUUUAAUCAUUUCAUUCAGCAACCUUUUGAAGUCGCCAAAAUCAUAAUGCAAGUCAUCGAUCCAUCCAUCCCCCCAUCGUCGUCUUCUACAAAACCUAUUACGAUGAGUGACAAUGAAGAUGACAUCUCAGAAACAGAAGAUAUCGAUUAUUUCCCUGUCAAGAAAGUGGAAAGUUCAAUUGAUAAUGAAGGUGAAAAUCAAACAGUCGUCCCCUCAGAUCAUACAGCUAUAAUAAUUAACCCCAAUUUAAUAUCUCCUGCAUCUCUUAAGACAAUGGAUAUAUUAAACGUACUAAUAGAUAAAGAAGGCCUAAAGGGUUUAUGGAGAGCAAAUCAUACUACAUUCAUCUUGAAUUUCUUAGGAGUCUCUAUAAAUUCAUGGCUUGUCAGUUUACUGUCAUCGCUCGUUUCAAAUUACUUUUUUUCAUCUCCUCAUUCAUCCAUUUCAACAUCUUUACCAUUGGCUUUACCCAUUACAUCAUCAUUUAAAAGCCUAAUACUAAUUAAUUUAACCGCAGCCAUUUUGACAAAUUUGGUAUUAAUACCAAUGGAUCUUAUUAAGUUAAGAUUGAUUGUAACUUCAACAAUGGAAAGCUCCAAUAAGAGAAGAAGUUUAAGACGUUUAAUUACAAAAUGGUCAUGGAGAAAUGACGGACCCAAUUUACCAAUUUCAAUAUGGUUUAAUUCAAUAUUAAAAUCAAUAGUUACUGUGACAUUUGGUACUAAUUUUGAUAUUCUAAUUUACUCUAAAUUUAAUUUGGAUAAAUUCACAAAUUGGAAGAUUUUCUAUUCCUUCAAGUUUAUAUCAAAAUGUGUGGAAUUGUUUAUUAAAUUACCCAUAGAGACGAUACUUCGUAGAAGUCAAUUAAAUUAUCUACUAAAUUAUCAAAAUAAUUUACAAAUUCAGGAAGCAGAACAAAACCAAUCGCUUAUCAUCAAACCCAACUUGUCUACAAAUUUUUCAAAACAAUUAUGGAACGGUUGGAAAAUCAGUCUCAUUAGUUUGUGUUGUGGAUACGGCUUUAGAAUGUUAAAUAAAAUUGACGACGAUUUAAAACUGGAACUGGAAAAGUUCUAG